AUGCUUUGGAAGGCUCAAAAUAAAAAAGUUUUUGAGAAGGAUGUGUGGGAUCCUUUCGUGGUAGCUAAUUUAGCUACGGCCCGUUUUUGGGAAUUUCUGAAUGUGCAGCUGAAAUGUAAGCCGCUGAUUUCUCCUUUAUUUUCUAUUGUGUCCUAUAACCGUUGGAAUCGUCCAUUGCAUACCACAAUUAAAUGUAAUGUGGAUGCAAGUUUUUCAAAGUCUUCUCAAUUAGGGGGUGGAGGGGCGGUGUUUCGGAAUUCAGCUGAUUCGGUUCUACAAGCUGUGAUUUUUAAGCCGUCUUUUUCCUUGUCUGUGCUUGAGGCUAAGGCUUAUGCUUUUCGCCGUGCUGUUUACUGGGCUAAAGUGUUUAAAUUUCAGGAUGUCUGUUUUGAGUCGGAUGCUAAAGUAGUGGUGGAAGCCUUAGCGGGUGUUCGAUCUGGCGAGGGUGCAUUUGCUUCGUUGGUGUCUGUUAUGAGAAAGAAGCUUCAGGAUUUUCCUACAAUCUCGCUAAUGCAUGUGCGAAGAGUUUGUAAUCAGGUAGCUCAUGCAUUGGCAGGUUCAUCGUGUGCUGAGAUGGAAGCGGACUUGGUUCUUCAGUCCAAGCCUUCUUCAAUCCUUAAGUUUUUGGAGGAGGAUGUUGCUGCUUGA